AUGUUUGCCGGAAUGAUUAGACUGGAGAGCACCUCAGCCAUAAACAUUGACAGCGAGCCCCAAUGCCACCGAUGGGCAAAACUAGAAGGUGGUUUUGGGACAGCAGGAGAGGGAGGUGUCAACCACAGGAGGAGUCAGAGGAGGCUGGAGUGCGUGAGACCAGAGCUGUCCAGGCAGACAGACAGCAGUCUUGGGAAGGCUAAAAGAGACCUCUGCUUGUCAAGUGCACUCUCAGGAGCUGAGACCUCCCAAGCGUGUGCUGGUUUGAACAGCUUUGAAAGUUCUCCUAAGCCACCUAAUGGCCUGAGCAUAAGUUGGCAUCAGGAUCUUGUGAAAAAAGACAAACUUGACCCUUCUCAACAAAGACCAGAAUUACUUUCAGUAGGGCUUCAAGUACCAACCCUUAUAACUCCUGAGACAUUGAAAUCUUGUUUUUCUCCUUCUGGUCAGUCUGGAAAAUCUCAGGAGAUCAGGUUGGCUGAGGAGUCCUGGAAGGUUGACCUGGACAUGCCCUGGAACAGCCAAGACAAAGAAACAUCCACUUCUGUGACCUCUGACCUCCAGGACAUUAUCCCAGACUCUGACUCUGGUUCUUUGGACACUGAGGUCACUUCCUCCCUGUCGGUGGAUUCAUCAGACACCGCGUCCGCCUCGUCAGCAACCUCAGGUUAUGAAAGUGCCACGCCCUCCUCCGACCAUGCCUGGGAUGGACUUCUGAAGAAGUAUGAAGGUGUACUGCAAAACUGCCUGCAGAGCAAUCGUACCAAUACGAAGAUUGAAUCUAUGAUGCUGAAGCUUCAAAGACUACAGCAGAAGGCAGUUCUUGACGAUGAUUAUGAUACAGCUGAACGCUUUGGGAAAAAAUUGGAAGAGUUGAGGAAGGAGAGAGCAUCUCUGAAGCCUGGUCUGCCCUCCAGACACCCAAGUGUCUGUGGAUUUCUGGAGAGGCUCCAGACAGCUGUGCAUACUGCCCUCCAGAGGACAGAUGGAGAAUGCAGGGAGAAUGGGGAGUCCAGUGCAUGCGAGGAGGGUUCGGCCUGCACAAGGCCAAUGCAGAGACGAGAACAGCUCCUACAGGAGAAACAGCAGGUCCAGGCUGAGAUUCAGGAGUUACAACUCAGACUGACGGAGCUGCAGGAGCGCAGCAGGGCGCUGGAGCAGCUGAUUGCACAAGAAGAUCAGCAGCUGGAGAUGGAAGAGGUGGAGGGGCCGGUCCUGCGGGCCUGUAGCACAGCUCAGCUACGCCAGAUGGGCCGAGCUGUGGAGGAUUUGGUUACCUCACCGCACCGAGCCCAAAUCUGUGUCUCACCACCCCCAAUCAUUCUCAGACUCCAGGAGCAGGAUCAGGCGCUAAGUUUAGCCAUUAAAGAAGCGACAGCCAAAGUGGUGAUGAGUCAGAGAUUGGGCAGUAGUGUGAGGAGGAAGGUCAGUGAGAGUGAGUCUCAGCUCCUGGCCCUCCAUGAGGCUAAACUGGCCGCCAUUUCAGGGAAUGAUUUCGGCAGUGCGAAGGAACUGAAGGCGGAGAUGAGAGCAGUGUAUGGGGAGAGGGACCGAUUGGAGGGGCUUGCCCGGAGACUGCAGUCCCUGAGUACAGGCAGCAGUCAGGACCUGGCCCAGAUGAAGGAACAGCACAGCCAAGUCAAACAGGAACUGGAGCAGAGAGAGACCCAGUAUGAGCAGAAUUUGAAAGAAAACACACUGAAGUACAUUGAACUGCUCGAGGACAGGCUUCACAGCUGUGGAAGCCCAGCAUUAGAGCGUAUCUGGGAGGCAGACCUGGAAGCCUGCCAUCUUCUCUUGCGAAGCCUUCGGCUCAGAACACCCAGCUGCUGUGGUCAAGACUCGGAGGACCUCCCUCCCACGCCAGAACCUCGCCCGAUGGCCCAGCCAUACGAUAAAGAAGAAGCAGACUGCGCCAUGUUGACUGCUUUGGGGGGGCGCUGGUGCCCUGAGGCCAAUCUACAGCAUUCUGAGUUUACCAAGAAAUUGGAGGAGUUUCUGUUCUGCUUGGAAGAUAAUCAUCCGGAGGACGUGUGUGUUGAUGCUGUGGAGCUCACAGAGCAGUGUGAGAUGAUCAGUGAUCGGCUACUGAACCUGGAGGACCAGCUGCAGAUGGCCAUUCUUAACCAGGACCACAACCUCACUUUGUGCCUGGAGAAGGAGGUACAAGAAGUAAAAGCAACACUUCAGACAAUGCUUUCCCAACUGAAGGAGGAAGAUGAAGAUCAGAAAAAGGAAGAUGAAGAGGAAGAGCAGUACCAUGACACUGAGGAGGGUGCAGAGCAGGAACUUGAGGAAGACCUUUAUUUCAGUGAUAGCUGGGAGAUAUGAGUUCACUGUUUCGACUGAAAUGUAUUCUAGUUCAAGUGAACCUCGUGUCAUACUUUUCCACCCCAAUGGACUGUUUUCACACCAGUAUGAAUAUGUCAUAGCAGAAUUAUUUGAUACAGAAUAACUUCUGUAAAAGUUAAAUCUUCAUUGUUUCAUAUUAAUCCAGUUGUGCACUGAACUAUGCACAAACUCCAGAUGGUGAAAUUG